ACCGGUUCUAUUAAAAUUGCGAAUAUUUUCCUGCCGCACAAAAUUCCACAACGGCAAUUUGCCGCUAUUAAAAUUUUGGUAGAAAAAUUCCGUUUUCCGGAAAGCGGUAUACCUCCACUUACCGCCAACCUUAUAUAUAUAUAGGUAUAUGUACAUAUAUGCAAAAUGUAUUAUAAACCCCAAAAUAAAUUUCGUUGCAGUUUAUAUGCCUACUGUGUCCCACUGUGCAAGAACAAAUAUUAGCACAUUAAAAUCAUAUACUUUCCUCUGCUUACCAAUUUUUGCCGUUGGUCGCAUAGUUCGUUGAACUUGGCUUAACAAAGUGCCGAAAACAUAAGUGCAUUUUUCCACCUAUACCAUAUGUACAUACGUUCGCACAUAUAAGCAUUUUUAUAAGUUGCAUUUUCUGCAACUUCGUAUAAUAGCUAAGAGAGUCGCUGUUGUUCAUCGGACAAUAUUGUCCACACAUACCAAACGCACGCUUAUUUUCAUAUCUUUCUACCUCGCCUUUCUUUGCUGCACUCACCAAGCUAAGAGAACGUAAAUCAAAGCCCGCUCUCCGACUUAAAUACGUUCGGUACCAAGAACCCACCUCUGCGGUGAGCGGCUCUUUACGUAUUCUUAUAUCCACUUGUGCAUUCCCGCACACAUACAUACAUACGCACUGUAAUAUAAAACAAACUCUCUGGGUUUUCGUACUUGUUCACCCACCACUGCGGUGACAAAGCGUAGCUUAGCCAUAUCUUCGGCUUCAUAUGUAAAUAUUUGCACAUACAUACCUACACUAUAAUCAACAAAUUCUCUGUUGUUUUCGUUUCUUGACUCACCGCUGCUGUGGCAAAGCAUAGCUUAGCCAUAUACUCGGCUUCAUACGUAAAUUUUUGUACAUACCUACAUACGUAUAUUUUUACAUUCCACAUAUUCUGCACAUUUGUACAUGCGUGCUAACAAAGAAUAUCGUCACACGAAUAUUAUCCAUAACGCGAUAAGAAGUGAGUUCAAGAUAUCAGAUACAUGCAACCCAGGAGGGAAAGCUCCCGAAUUGCGUUGGUCUAGAUACUUUUUCAGUAUUUACAUAAUUAUUUAUAUCACAUUAAAUAUUUAUACAUACGUAUAUUUCACCACGUAUAUAACAGUGAAAACUGUUUGUGAUUUUGUUUCUCUUACAAAACAUUUUCUUUUUUCUCAAAUCCAUAUUCCGCGGAUUUAAUUGGGACGCUCCGUUUUCCACGUUAAAAAGUGCUGAACCAAAGAUUAAAGCAAAUACAACUUCACGUAAUUUGCAAGAAACAAAAACACAAACACCGCCACAAGAUCUUAUAAUUUUUUCUUGAUUUUCUGUGGCACAAAGUGCAAUUUUUCCGUUUGACACAAAUUUUCUUAUUUUUUUGCGAACGAUACCUGGGUGGUACUCAGCUAUUUUUAAUUAAAUCUUUUAUUCAAAAUGCCACUUGGACACAGUCCACCAAAAAUGUCUGAAAUCGAGACAAGGUCAAAAAAUGCUUCGCAAGAAGCCACCGGUGGUAAGAGGGAACCCUCACCGCGCCGAAAAUCCAAAACUUUUGACCCAUCCGCUCAAAAGUUUAUAGCGGAAAGUGACAGUAUCAUGAGAUACUGUGCAAAAUUCAGUGAUGCACCGAUCCAAGACCACACUGAAUCAUAUCUUAUGAUAAAAGACAAAUCACUAGAUGAUUGUUGGGCACGGCUUCAGUCCGCCUAUGAUUUGGUUUUUUCAAAGCCAGAUGACAGCCUACCCGAAAACUUUAAGAAUUCGGUAGAAUGCAAGUACUUCACUUGCCUUGAAUUAUAUGAGGUGACCAAAGCUAAAAUUGCCGAUCAACUGUCGUUGAUUAGAGCAAUCGCCGCACCGAGUCCACCACCUCGCGUGGAACACACCUCGGCAGAGGCAAACGUUUUCCUCCAAGUCCCACCUUGUGACACGGAGACAUUUUACGGCGGUUACGAAGAAUGGCCCGCUUUUCGUGACAUGUUCACAGCGGUGUACAUCAACCUCCCGAAGCUCUCCCGUGCUCAAAAAUUGUAUCACAUCCGAUACAAAACCCAAGGUAAAGCUGGCUUCAUCGUCAAGCAAUAUCCGCUCAGCGACGAUAACUUCGAGCUGGCCUGGGAAGCUUUACGGUCAUGAUACGAAAACAAACGUAUCCUG